UUGAAGAAAUCAGGCUGAAGAGAGCCGGGGGGAGGGGGGUGGUAUGCAUAUUAUGUAAUAAGUUUUAAACUUGGGUGGUGACUCGCCUUCGUUGAAGGGCAGAAGUUCAAAAUGCUUUCUUUAUCGCGCCUUGUCAAACGUGCCCUGAUCCUAAUACCGCUUGGCUUCGUCAUCUUGAUAUUUCUAUGGAGUCACGGGAGUAAAGAAAACGGUGCAGUUUUAAAACGGGAAAAUGUCAGACACAGUGAACCAGUUGAUACAGUGAACAGUAUCUCAGAUUUAUCGAGGCGUCCAAACAGGCAAAAGACUGGUUUCCACUCCCCGGCCCAGAUAGCCAUCCAUCCAGAAACCCUUCCACAGAAACACGAUGAACUAACACUGUCAAAACUAAAGAACAAAACGCUGUUAUUCUGGGACUGGAAUUGGAAUCCUCUUGAAUCAAAGUUCUACGACUUAAUGGAGGUGAGGCAUUGUCCAGUGAAAGCGUGCAAACUUACAAAAGACCGGAGUUUGGUGAAACAAGCAGACGUGGUAUUUUUUCUAAAUGGGCAAUCCACCCCAAAGACAGGUCCAACGUACCGUCACCCUAGCCAGCGGUGGGUUUGGGUGGAGGGGGAGAGCCCCUGCCACUCCCGGCGGCUUGACAAAUCAUGGGAUGGACUCUUCAACUGGACGAUGGUUUACCGCGCAGAUGCAGACGUCUUGUUACCGUACACAGAGAUAGCCAAGAGAGACACUCCUAUCAAAAAAGAUUACCUUAGUGUUACUAAAUCGAAAAGGAAACUGGUCGCAUGGAUGGUGUCCAACUGCAAAACACCUUCACGCCGCAUGGACUUUGUAAAAGAACUCCAGAAAUACAUAGAAGUGGAUAUAUAUGGAGCGUGUGGUCCCCUGAAAUGUCAACGGUCUGGUAGUUGGGGGUGGGAUACCACGUGUUUGGACCUCUUAGCGAGAGACUACAAAUUUUAUCUAGCGUUCGAAAAUAGCAUAUCUCUAGAUUACGUGACCGAAAAGUUUUAUAAAACCGUGAACAUAGAUAUUGUAGCCGUUACUCGCGGGAAUACAGACUACACUCGAGCAGGAAUCCGUCCUGAAUGGCAUAUCAACACCGAUGACUUCAACUCACCUAAAGAAUUAGCUGAAUAUUUACACAUGCUUGAUAAGAAUCCAGAAAAAUACGUCAAAUAUCUUGAGUGGAAGAACGAGUAUCGUCAGCUUCCAGACCGUGCUUUCUGUCACCUCUGUGAACGCCUGCACUUUCAAAAGGAGCCGCCCAAAUCUUACAGCUGGGAUGAAUUAAAUGCAUUUUUCUGGAAAGACCAUUGUCUCCCUCCAACAGAUAUAUAACACACGGAGAGCGAUCAAAUAAUUAACAAACCUUUCCACGCGUCACUUGGGUGCUUAUAUUACGCAAACUGAUUUUC